AUGAACCAAACCGAAAUCUCCACCGGCGAUACUAAUUCCAAACCGGCCAAAACCGGAUCAGUUUCCAUCGUACCGGAGUGGAUAACCGAGACGAUCAAUGGUGGAUCUUUCCCCGUCGUCGAUCCCAACACCGGAUCCAAUGGCUGGACAACUCCUCCCGGCGACGUUUUCCCUCUCCGCUCCGUCAAAUAUUUCGCAAACAAACAGAAAUCUCCCGGCGGAGACUACCUCCUCUCUCCCGCCGGCGUUGACUGGCUGAAAUCCACCGCAAAACUCGACAACGUCCUCUCUCGUCCCGACAACCGUGUAACCCACGCGCUAAGAAAAGCCCAGACUCGCGGCGAAUCCCUAAAUAGCUUCAUAUUCGCUGUAAAUUUCCAGGUCCCGACUAAAGAACCGUACAGCUUAGUGUCCUACUUCACGACGGAAGAUCCGAUUCCUCGCGAUUCGUUGCUCCACCGGUUGAUAAACGGAGACGAAGACUCGUUCCGUAACCAGAGAUUCAAAUUAGUGAGCCACGUGGCGAAAGGUCCUUGGGUUGUAAAAGCUGCGGCCGGGAAAUUUGGGGCCUUGGUUUUGGGUAAGAACGUGAGGUGUAACUACCAUAGAGGAUCUAACUACUUUGAGAUCGAUGUCGAUUUAAGCAGCUCGGCGAUCUUGGCAGCGACUGUACGGCUUGUGUUGGGGCACGCUUCGAGCGUGACGUUGGAUUUUGGUUUCGUUGUGGAGGCGCAAACAGAGGAUGAGCUGCCGGAGAAACUGAUCGGAGCUGUUAGGCUUUCUCAGAUUGACUUAGUGUCGGUGUUUACGGUCGUCGUCGACGCUCAGAAGACUCUUCAACCGUGUAGAAUGAUGGGUUCGGCGAAAGGGAAUCAACACGACGAUGAAGACGACAAGGUUUGA